AUGAUGGCUGCCAGCAAUACAGAGCAAGAGAACGGAAUCUAUACGCAGAACGGCCAAGGGCAAAAGUCGCUAUCGCCUCAACCUCAGCAUCGUCGCGGUUAUCAGGCCUGCGACCCUUGCCGCAAGCGCAAGGUCAAAUGUGACCUUGGCAGUGUCGAUAACCCUCGUCCCCCUCCGUGUGUACGAUGUCGUCGCGAAAGCAAACGAUGCGAGUUCUCCGCGACCAGGCGCAAGCGGAAACCCUCCGAGAUCGACGACAGCGCCGAUGGGGUUCUCCUCCGUGACAAGCGCAUGAUGGUCGCUGACGCGGCUCCCAACGGUUCUUCGCCGGAUGGGUCUUACAGCGCACGACCAGAGCCGACAUCGCUCGAUGGUGACAGUCUACAUUCGCGACAGAAGUGGUCCGAGGGACCUCCUCCAGCACCUAAUCAAAUACCACACGCCGAUGCCGGUCAACGAUACGGCACUAAUCAACCUACCUCCUCUACUUCACAGUUCCAGGAUGCCAGACCCGUGCGCCCUCCCAUGUGGCCGCUCGGCGAGCGCCCUGGAUUGAGCUUUGGUCUUGAGGGAAGCCAGCCCAUGAUGAAUCGCACCGCCGUUGAGCUGUUGUCACCUGCGAUCAGCAACAGUCAUGAUGCUCUGCACUUACUGUCCGAAGCGGCAGGGCGGACGGAGGAUCUCAAUCGUCAGAGCCUCGAGAAUCGAUACGCCGCGCGGCGGUCGGUUUCGUCCUUCAAUUCUCCGAUGUCUCCCAUGACACAGGCUGGGACUCCUAGAAGCGGAGGCAGCUCCUUCCCGCGAGCGCCUCGAUCCGGUACCAUGCCCGUGGGUAACUUCUAUAAUACGGGAGGAUCGGGUUCCGUGGAUCACCCAAAUUCGGAUACUCGCGAUCACAAUGAACCUAUGGAUAACUUGCAGGAUCCAGGGUUCGUCGAUGCGGUCAGAGCUUGGUCACGUCUGCGAUUUGUUCGAGCAGGUUGGCUCACAGUGGAAGAAUCCAUGGCAUAUGUGGCAUACUACUAUGAACACCUUGCUCCGCUGAGCCCUAUCGUCAUUCCUGAUUUCUCACAUCCAUCGACACAUCGCACCCUUCUCACUGAUGAGCCUGUACUGGCUGUUACUAUUCUUACAACGGCAUCUCGGCAUAUGAAACCCAAGGGUGAUGGGGCAUAUACCCGGGCAUUCUACAUUCAUGAUCGACUCUGGUCUUACCUUCGAGGAAUGAUUGAGCGUCUUUUCUGGGGCCAAGAGAAGUUCGGCGGAAACGGCAUUGGAAUCAGCAAGCCUCGGUCGUUUGACCUGGCCCCGAGUGCAGCCAAAGUGAGUCUCAAAGGAAACUUGAGAUCUCUAGGCAGUAUCGAGGCGCUCUUGAUCCUCACGGACUGGCACCCCAGAAAUCUGCACUUCCCCCCUGGUGAUGAUGAAAAUACACUCUUGGACUUGGACGCGCACGCUCAAACUCGCCUUGAGAAGGAGGUCGAGCAUGAUGGUGAGCCAACGCACCAUCGGGCCUCUCAAAUGUCAGGCGAGGGGAGACUCGCCUUCCAGAAGUGGUUGGAGCCCGCUUGGCGGUCUGAUCGGAUGUCCUGGAUGCUGUUGAGCACCGCACAAGCGCUGGCUUUUGAGCUGGGAGUUUUUGAUCAUAAGAGCGAAGCGAAGACUGCGAAUGACACUCCUGCUGAACAGACACGAAAACGUCGACUUCGGCGCCUGAUUCUCGUUUACAUCACGCAGAGCAGCGGCCGUCUGGGAAUUCCUUCUAUGCUUCCAUUGCCACAGUGGACUAAUGACAUCCAACCAACUCCUGUGUCAACUUCAAAAGGUGGUGAUACAACUAUUGAUCGGAUGCAUGACUGCUGGAUUGGGAUCACCAAGAUCAUGUAUCAGAGCAAUCAGCUGUUGUUCGCAUCUAAUGAACAGACAUCAGAACUGAUUAGGAGUGGACGAUAUCGUGACCAGAUUGAUCGAUUUCAGCCCUUUCUACGAGAAUGGCGGAAUAACAUCGACACGAUUGACCUCGCACCUGCCAUGCGGCACAUCUUGAUGAUUGAAUACGAAUAUACCCGCGUUUAUGUCAAUUCAUUAGCUCUGCAAGCAGUCGUGGACCGUUGGACCACAAUGUCCAACGAGGCUGCCCAGGCUCAGAACGGAAGACCGGGCACUGGUCCCUCGUCGAACAAUUGGUUUCACAUGCUCAUGGAGCUGUACCGUGUCAACGAGCAAUACAUUCAGGAAGUUGUCGAUGCGUCACGUCGGAUCCUGCAAACCGUACUGGAUGACCUGGUUCCUGGAGAUCACCUCAAGCACGCUCCUGUGCGGACAUGCUUCCGGAUUCUGUCUGGCAUGAUCUUCAUCCUCAAGACAUUCACCCUUGGAGCGAAAGAGGAUGAUGUGCGUGUAUCGCUGGACCUUCAGGAUCGAACGGUGGAAGCGUUGAGGACAUGUGUCGUCGACGAUGUCCACCUCAGUCACGCCAUUGCUCGGUUGGUGGAAAUGCUUACGACCAGCAUUCGCACCAGAUUCCUUCGAUUUGCCCCGUUGGACCGAGGUGGUGAUGGUGACGGUCAAGAUCGCACCUCUGCACCGGUCUCCAGGCACCAGUCACCGCGUCCUCGCGAUGGCGCGCAAGACCGUCGGGAUGGAUCGAACCAUGCAUGGACACCGGGCCACAGCGCAGCACAGAAUAUUGGCUACGUUGAUGGCAAUAAUGCGACGAGUACUACAAUGGGAUCAGGGCAUGAUCCGCUGGCAGCCAUCCCAGCGCAGCCGAUCAAUUCUUCGAAUAUUAAUGUCUCAUUCAUGCCUCCACCACCGUCGGUGUACCAUAAUUACUAUGAGCCGCACUCAUCGCCUCCUGCUGGAGGGAUGGAAGGCUCGAAUGUUCCGUCACAAUCAAUGAAUGAUCAUUCCGGCACCUCCGGCGGGCUUCCGGACUGGUUUGCGCUUCCGCUCGAUCAUUUCUUCAACAGUUCGACGGCCGUUGUUGAUCACGGCCUCGGAGGAACAGGGCCAAUGGUGGGCGAGUUUGACAUGCUUGAAGUCCUGCUCAACGAGCAAUACGACGGCACGGGCGACGGCCUCGAUUCAGCGGGGCGCGACGGUCUUCCGUCCCAGUUCCUGCAGUCUUAG